AUGUAUGGCGUCUACCUCCACAUAUUGGCAGAUACGCUGGGCAGUGUGGGUGUCAUCAUCUCGUCAAUCCUUAUUCAUUUGUAUGAGUGGCACGUUGCUGACUCAGCAUCUUCUGCACUCAUCUCACUGCUCAUUUUGACCAGUACGCUUCCAUUAAUUCGUGAUACGGCUCGACAGUUGCUGCAAGGAGCUCCACGUGAGAUACAAGGUAGCGUAAAUGCAGCUUUACAGGAAGUCCAGUCAUCGAUUCCUGGGGUAGAGCGAAUUGCACAGUGGAAUAUCUGGCAUCACGCAGGAAAUAUGCAUGUUGCGACGUUGCAUCUUGAGGUUGCUGUCUCGGCAGAUGAACAGCAAAUAUUACUACAGACGCAAUACAUCUUUCGGCGUCAUGCACGUCUCGACGAGUUUCUUUCUGUUCAGAUUUCAAAACCUAAGUUGAUUAGUACAAUAGGUCAUGAAGGACUGAUGAUGACUGGAUGCAGCGCUGACCAUGGCCACAAUUAUGACCACAGCUAUGAUCUCGAUCAUAUUCAUAGUUGUCACCAUGCUCACAAUCACAACGAGAAGCUUGUGCUAAACAACGGCAUUUAUUUGUCCGUGCCACCUCAUCAGCAUGUUUCUGGUAUUGGGCACUCAUGA